CUUACAUCAUGCCGACUCCAUCAUGGCCAGGACCGACGAAGCAGAAGCUUUCUUCCAGGCUGUGUAUAGCGCAGUCCAAGAGAUCCCAUAUGGAAAAGUGACCAGUUACGGGCACAUAGCACGUCUGAUAGGGACCCCGCAAAGACCCCGUCAGGUAGGCGUUUGUCUUAAACAUCUCCCCUCUGAUCCCUCGAUGCCCUUCCACCACGGAAAUGUUCCUUGGCAACGAGUCGUCAAUUCGAAAGGUGUCAUAUCUCCUAGGGGUCAUCCUUCUGGAGCUGCGAAUCAAGCACAAGUCCUCCAUGGUGAGGGCGUAGCUGUCAAUACAGGCAGCCUGGGCGAGUUGAUGAUCGAUUUGGCACAGUACGGAUGGUUUCCGCGUCAGCUCCCCAGCGAUACCGCCGCUGGGUUGGCGCCGUUUGACGAUCCUGAAAGCUGAAGGAAUGGUGGGGGUUUAGGUGAUUAGAGGCCCCUUAUGAAAUACAUGAGAAGAGAGCAUUACGAGAUAUGAGAGAGGGUCACAAGAUCAAUUAAUUGUUGAGAGGGUAUUUGAAGACCUAAAGCUAUGAUACAGCAUAGAAGCAGACGUAUCUGUCUAUUCAAGGCCUCUAUACAAACCCUCCCCACGAAUUCCUCCAAAUAAAAAUCACGGUCCCAUACGAUCUCAUCU